AGUGGAAAAGCAUCCUUAAUAUCCCACUCCAGGGGGAAAACGGUGCAAAAACGAGUGAGCGUUUUAGUUACAGUAACAUUAUCUUUAAACAAGUGCUUCGUUUAUUUUCACACGUGUAACCAAUAAACAUUUUAUUUUGAAAGUACUUUUCGGAAGCCUUAUGUUAAGGUUAACGCAUGUCUUGCACUUUUGACAGCAGGAGUGCGUAUUUGUUUGCAAGUAUUGUGUAAUAUAGACAGUGCGUAGACAUCGGACAAUGGCCUCCGAUGGCGGAAUUCAGAUACCGAGCCAUCUCCCGCUGCUGCUGACCCAUGAAGGGGUGCUCCUCCCGGGCUCCACCGUCAGAAUCAGCGUGGACUCUCCGCGGAACAUGCAGCUGGUCAGCCAGCGGCUGUUGAAGGGGACUUCUCUGAAAAGCACAAUCAUAGGAGUGAUUCCUAACACCAGAGACCCACAACAAGACACCGAUGACCUCCCCACCUUGCAUAAAAUUGGUACAGCGGGGAUAGCAGUGCAGGUGGUGGGCAGCAACUGGCCAAAGCCCCAUUACACCCUCCUCAUCACCGGAUUGUGCCGCUUUAGGGUGUCCAGUCUACUUAAGGAGCGACCCUUUGUCCUUGCAGAGGUGGAGCAGCUGGAUAAACUGGAGCAGUACACGACCCCAGCAACAGAGGGGCUCACAGUGGAAGAUGGAGAGCUGGGAGAGCUGUCCCACAAGUUCUACCAGGCGGCCGUACAGUUGUUAGGUAUGUUGGACAUGUCAGUUCCAGUGGUGGCUAAGUUCCGGCGUCUGUUGGACAGUCUGCCAAGAGAAACUCUACCUGAUGUGGUAGCCUCCAUGAUCCGCACCUCAAACAUGGAGAAACUGCAGGUCCUGGAUGCGUUGACCUUGGAAGAGCGAUUUAAGAAGGCUCUGCCCAUGUUGACCAAACAGAUAGAGGGACUAAAACUGCUGCAGAAAACCAGGAAGAAAAGUCCUGACAAUGAGAAGAGGGUGUUAUCAGUUCGUAAAGGUGGAGUGUUCCCGGGCCGGCAGUUCAACCUGGAUGAGGAAGAUGAAGAUGAGGAUGGCGAUGACACUGCGGCCUUGGAAAGGAAGGUCCACGGGGCAAAGAUGCCUGAAGCUGCACAUAAAGUUUGCCUCAAAGAGCUCAAGAGAUUGAAAAAGAUGCCUCAGUCCAUGCCUGAGCAUGCCCUGACCAGAAACUACUUGGAUUUGAUGGUAGAGCUGCCAUGGAGCAAAAGCACCAAAGACUGCCUGGACAUCCAAGCCGCUCGCACUCUAUUGGACAACGAUCACUAUGCCAUGAAUAAGCUGAAGAGACGCGUGCUGGAGUAUCUGGCUGUGAGACAGCUGAAGACUUCCCUGAAGGGACCUAUCCUCUGCUUUGUGGGGCCGCCAGGAGUCGGUAAGACCAGUGUGGGACGCUCCAUAGCCAGGACUCUAGGCAGAGAGUUUCACCGCAUCGCUUUGGGAGGCAUCUGUGACCAGUCUGACAUCCGAGGACACAGGCGCACAUAUGUAGGGAGCAUGCCCGGCCGCAUCAUUAACGGUCUGAAGACGGUAGCAGUCAAUAAUCCUGUGUUCCUACUGGACGAGGUGGACAAACUGGGGAAGAGCCUGCAAGGAGACCCUGCAGCUGCACUGCUAGAGGUCCUGGACCCCGAGCAGAACCACAGCUUCACAGACCAUUACCUCAAUGUGGCCUUUGACCUCUCCCAAGUGCUCUUUAUUGCCACUGCAAACACCACAGCGACCAUUCCCCCGGCGCUGCUGGACAGGAUGGAGGUGCUGCAGGUACCAGGCUACACUCAGGAGGAGAAGGUGGAGAUAGCUCACCGACACCUGAUCCCAAACCAGCUGGAGCAGCAUGGAUUAACACCUCAACAGCUGCAUAUACCACAGGAUACCACACAGGAUAUCAUCAGCAGUUACACUCGUGAGGCGGGGGUGCGCUCCCUAGAGAGGAAGUUUGGGGCGAUCUGCCGAGCCGUGGCUGUGAAGGUCGCUGAAGGUCACCGAGUCACUAAGACGGUGGCUUUGACCCCCGAGGGACCAACACAACAGGGGGACAAGGCAGCGCCGCCAGAGAUGCCCAUAGUGAUCGACCACGUCGCCCUGAGAGACAUCCUUGGACAUGCUCUGUUUGAAAUGGAGGUGUCUGAGAGGCUCACCCUGCCUGGUGUGGCUGUGGGCCUGGCCUGGACGCCCCUCGGUGGAGAGAUCCUGUUUGUGGAAGCCAGUCGAAUGGAGGGAGAAGGUCAGCUCACUCUGACCGGUCAGCUGGGAGACGUUAUGAAAGAAUCCGCCCAUCUGGCUAUCAGCUGGCUCAGAGCAAACGCUAAAACCUACCAGCUUACCAACAUGGUGGGGGGGCCAGACCCACUUGAAGGGACAGACAUCCACCUCCACUUCCCCGCUGGAGCUGUCACCAAGGACGGCCCCUCUGCAGGUGUUACCAUAGUGACCUGCCUAGCCUCGCUGUUCAGUGGCCGAUUGGUCCGAUCAGACGUUGCCAUGACGGGAGAGAUCACGCUAAGAGGGCUGGUGCUGCCGGUGGGCGGGAUCAAGGACAAGGUCCUGGCGGCUCACAGGGCGGGAGUGAAGCGCGUCAUCCUCCCGAAACGCAACGAGAAGGACCUGGAGGAGCUCCCCGCUAACGUCCGAGCCAAACUCGACUUUGUUACAGCCGCAAACCUGGACGAGGUGCUGAACGCUGCCUUUGACGGAGGCUUUCCAGGGACAGACAGCACGCACACACAGCCUCAGCUGAUCAGCAAACUGUAACACACUGAUGAAAACACACUGAUAAACACAGACACACAGACACACACACACACAGACUCCCAACAGAGAGCGUGUCAUCAACUUUGACUUUGUAGCGUGUAAAGAGUCCGUGUGCACAGCGGUUGUCCUGACAAGUCAUGUUGAUCUAUUCGCUGUUGAGUUUUUCAUGUUGAAAGGAUACGGAAGAAUGUUUGGGGAAAAACAAGAGGGAAAAGAUUUUUUAUUUUAUUUUGCAUUUCGUGAACAAAGCCGAAGUUUCAGUAUAUGUGCUAACGCUAGUCGUUUGAUUUAUUCUGACUGACUUUUGUUCCCCAAAUAAUAUUUAAAUUUCAUUCCAAACAUUUCGACUUUAUUAGUAACAUUCAACUUUAUUCCUGAAAUGCAAAAUAACAUUUAAAAAAUCCCCCCUGGCCCUAAUACUCUUCCGUACAAAGAUUAUUAUUUUAUUAAGUGCUACAAUUCAGUCGAGUCGAGCCCUGUAGGAUAAUUCAGUUUACAAGUGCACAACAACUUUGUUCUGGGAAGUUAUAAAAGUAAUGCUGUAAAUCACAAACAGCUUUUCACAGUCUAGUCACGUCCCCACUGAGUGCUGUCAUGUUGGAGCAUUUGUAUUAUAUUAACAGUACUGCUGUUGCCAAGUCGAAUAACUGAGCUUAUUAAUGCAUUAACACAUUGCUUGGCACAUGCAACUCCUGUGGAUUGUUAGUUUGUGCUGAAAAGUAAAGGCAAAGCAGUCUGCUGCGAUGGUUUGUGCAUGUGGUGAUAACGAAUGACUGUGUUUAAUCACACAUUGUGAUCCAGUGUCGGAUUUCAGCUAAUUGCUGGAUGUUUUAGCAGUUCUUGUAAAUACAGAUUUUGAAAUGUAUGAGCUGUACAAUUUUUAGAACUACUGACAUGAAAAGACUGCGUUUAGUUUGGUCCUACAGGAUGUAUACUGAGGCCCUGCCCGAGUGUGGAAACAAUUUGUCUGGAAAAACAUUCUUAUGACAGAAUCCAAAUUUUUCUGACUAAAUGUAGAAGAAGGUGGUUGGAGCAGUAAUAACUGUAUACAUCAAUAAAUAACAUUGCUAGUUGACAUGA